CUCUCAUCAUUGGUCGUGAUAGAGAUUAAUUAUUUUUUGACGCUUCGCUUUGGUUGUGUCGGUGGAGUUUUUUCUUUUUCUUUUUCUAUUUUCCAAGAAGCUGUUCGUGAAAAUGGUGUAGAGAGGAGUUGGUGUGACAUUGGCACUUGGCAGCUGUAUGCACCUGAGGUUUAACUCAGUUUUUUGUUCUUGUUUUUUUUUUUUUUCCCUGAUGGCGAUAUGUUAAAGAAGGAAAGAAUAGUUUUCAAGGAAAAAAAUCGGGUUUUUUAUCUGGGUUUUCAAGGAGAGUGGCAGAUGAACAAUGGAGGCCGCUGCAGGUUUAGUUGCAGGCUCCUACAACAGGAAUGAACUAGUCGUCAUCCGUCGGGAAGGAGAAUGUGGGCCGAAGCCACUGCAGACACUGGUUGGUCAAACCUGCCAGAUUUGUGGGGAUGAUGUUGGUCUUAAUGUUGAUGGAGAGCUCUUCGUUGCCUGCAACGAAUGUGCCUUUCCAAUCUGCAGGACUUGCUACGAGUACGAGAGGAGAGAAGGAAACCAGGUCUGUCCACAGUGCAAAACUCGAUUCAAACGUCUCAAGGGGUCUGCUAGAGUGGCGGGCGAUGAAGAAGAAGAUGAUAUCGACGACCUUGAGAAUGAAUUUAAUUUCGCUGGGAGGGAUAAGCGGGAUAUACAGUACCUUUCGGAGGCUAUGCUUCAGGGGCAAAUGGCCUAUGGCCGAGCUGGGGAUGCUGACAUGCCUCAAGCAGUUCAAACAACGACCCAACUUCCUCUGUUGACCAACGGCCAGAUGGUUGACGAUAUCCCUCCUGAACAGCAUGCUUUGGUCCCAUCUUUCAUGGCCAAUGGAGGGAGAAGCCAUCCACUUCCUUUCUCAGAUCCUAGCGUACCAGUUCAACCCAGAUCUAUGGAUCCGUCCAAGGACUUGGCUGCAUAUGGUUAUGGAAGUGUGGCUUGGAAGGAAAGGAUGGAGAAUUGGAAGCAAAGGCAAGAGAAACUACAGGUCAUGAAGAAUGAAAACGGUGGCAAGGAUUGGGACAAUGACGGUGAUGGGCCAGAUCUUCCCCUAAUGGAUGGAGCUAGACAACCGUUAUCAAGAAAAUUGCCUAUUCCAUCAAGUCAAAUUAACCCCUAUCGAAUGAUCAUCAUAAUCCGGCUUGUAGUUCUUGGGUUCUUUCUUCAUUACCGUGUCACAAAUCCAGUAAAUGAUGCAUAUCCAUUGUGGCUCAUAUCUGUGAUAUGCGAGAUUUGGUUUGCCAUUUCAUGGAUCCUGGAUCAGUUUCCAAAGUGGCUCCCAAUUGAUCGGGAAACCUAUCUAGAUCGGCUAUCCUUAAGGUAUGAGAAAGAAGGCCAGCCUUCUCAACUCUCUUCGGUUGAUAUAUUUGUGAGUACGGUGGAUCCAUUAAAAGAGCCUCCUCUGGUUACUGCAAACACAGUUCUAUCCAUUCUUGCUGUGGACUACCCUGUCGACAAAGUUUCUUGCUAUGUAUCAGAUGAUGGUGCUGCCAUGCUGACAUUUGAAGCAUUAUCAGAAACAUCUGAAUUUGCAAGGAAGUGGGUCCCUUUCUGCAAGAAAUUCAAUAUUGAACCUAGGGCACCCGAGUGGUAUUUUGCUCAGAAAAUUGAUUACCUUAAAGAUAAGGUCCUAACUUCAUUCAUCAAAGAGCGAAGGGCUAUGAAGAGAGAAUAUGAAGAGUUCAAAGUUCGGAUCAAUGCUUUGGUUGCGAAGGCUCAAAAGGUACCAGAAGAAGGGUGGACAAUGCAGGAUGGAACUCCAUGGCCUGGAAAUAAUGUCCGAGAUCAUCCUGGCAUGAUUCAGGUCUUUCUAGGACAAAGUGGGGGACAUGACACAGAGGGAAAUGAACUUCCUCGCUUAGUUUAUGUCUCUAGAGAGAAGAGACCAGGAUUUAAUCACCACAAAAAGGCUGGUGCCAUGAAUGCUUUGGUCAGGGUCUCUGCUGUGCUCACCAAUGCACCUUAUCUAUUAAACUUGGAUUGUGAUCACUACAUUAAUAACAGCAAGGCUCUCAGAGAGGCAAUGUGUUUCAUGAUGGAUCCACUAUUGGGAAAGAAAGUGUGUUAUGUGCAAUUCCCACAAAGGUUUGAUGGCAUUGAUAAGCAUGACAGAUAUGCCAACAGGAACAUUGUAUUCUUUGAUAUUAACAUGAAGGGUCUGGAUGGGAUUCAAGGGCCCAUUUAUGUUGGGACUGGAUGUGCGUUUAGAAGGCAAGCUCUGUAUGGUUAUGAUGCUCCAAAGACAAAGAAGCCACCCACAAGGACAUGCAAUUGUUGGCCAAAGUGGUGCUGCUGUGGAUGCUGUUGUUCUGGGAAGAGGAAGAAGAAGACAACAAAGCCUAAAUCUGAUAAGAAAAAGAGGGGUUUUAGGAGGGAAGAUGCGGGGCUACCUGUUCUUGCUUUGGAGAGUAUUGAAGAGAGCAUUGGAGCAGUUGAGAGUGAGAAGUCAGCUGUGACAUCUGAGCAGAAGUUGGAAAAGAAGUUUGGACAAUCUCCUGUGUUUGUUGCAUCCACCUUGCUUGAAGAUGGUGGUUCAUUGAAAAGUGCAAGCCCUGCUUCUCUGCUGAAAGAAGCCAUUCACGUAAUCAGUUGUGGCUAUGAGGACAAGACAGAUUGGGGAAAAGAGGUUGGUUGGAUCUAUGGUUCCGUUACAGAAGAUAUCCUUACAGGUUUUAAGAUGCACUGCCAUGGAUGGCAAUCAAUAUAUUGUAUCCCAUCAAGGCCAGCAUUUAAGGGAUCUGCACCCAUCAAUCUCUCCGAUCGUCUGCACCAGGUCCUUCGGUGGGCUCUGGGCUCUGUAGAAAUUUUCUUGAGCAGGCACUGUCCUCUAUGGUAUGGAUAUGGGGGUGGUUUGAAAUGGCUGGAGCGUCUAUCUUACAUAAAUGCUACCGUCUAUCCAUGGACUUCCAUUCCUCUACUGGCAUACUGUACCUUACCCGCUGUGUGCUUGCUUACUGGCAAAUUUAUCACUCCAGAGCUUAGCAAUGUUGCUAGCUUAUGGUUUCUGUCACUUUUCAUCUGUAUCUUUGCUACAAGCAUCCUUGAAAUGAGAUGGAGUGGUGUAGGUAUUGAUGACUGGUGGAGGAAUGAGCAAUUUUGGGUCAUAGGAGGUGUUUCUGCACAUCUUUUUGCAGUCUUCCAGGGACUUCUGAAGGUUUUGGCUGGUAUAGAUACCAAUUUCACUGUUACGUCAAAGGCAGGGGAUGAUGAAGAAUUCUCAGAGCUAUACAUGUUCAAGUGGACCACGCUGCUCAUCCCUCCUACAACAUUACUACUAAUAAAUAUUAUAGGAGUGGUUGCUGGCAUCUCAAAUGCAAUAAACAAUGGUUAUGAGUCAUGGGGUCCUUUGUUUGGUAGGCUCUUUUUUGCCUUCUGGGUGAUUGUCCACCUCUAUCCCUUCCUCAAGGGUCUAUUGGGCCGGCAGAAUAGAACUCCCACAAUUAUUAUUGUAUGGUCUAUUCUUCUUGCCUCAAUCUUCUCCCUUCUGUGGGUCCGCAUUGAUCCAUUCUUGGCCAAGUCGGAUGGCCCUAUACUGGAGGAUUGUGGAUUGGACUGUAAUUGACAGGUCGCUGAGGAGUAGGCCCUAUGUUCUUAUUAAAGAUGACACUCUGGAGUUUAAUGAUCAUGUUCUUUUCAGCAUAAUGAGACAAACGGAGAUGGACAUUUACAAAAGGGAGUUUGGUUUAGUGGCAGUCUGCAAUCUGUAGUUACACAUGUGGAUUGUGUUGGUGCAAUUUUGGAGGACUUGUCUUUAUGGCUACUUCUGAUGAAGGAAAUCCAAGAGGGUAGUAUCUCAGCUUGCUGCAAAUAUAUAAGUUUAUCAUUUCCUUGGAUGUUAUUUAGCAGUUGUUGAGCAGUGUGUUUCUUGAUUCUUUAUUGGUUUAGUUGGUGAAAGAGGGGAACAGUGAAGGGUAGAUUACAUUGUUACUAUGUGAUAUUGAAGUUUGAUUUGGCUAUCUCUACAUUGUUCUUCUUUACAAUAAGGGUGGGAUUUUUCCUGAAAAACAUGUAACAAAGAUGGAGAUCUUGGAGGUGAAUAAGUCACCAAAGACAUGAUGUUUUAGUAGCAAUAGUGAAACUACAAUUGGUUUACAGUGAUGAUGAUAGUUUGGCUGGAGCCAGCAAUCCAGCGAAAUGCUUUUGAUAGAGAGGGGUUUAUACAUAAUAGAAUGUGCUAUCCCCUUCGGGUUGUCCAAAUUCUUAGUAGGACAAUAUUUAAUUUUUUCUUGGUGGUAGCAUUUGCCGCCUAUCAUUCAUGGAAGUAGCAGUCUGCAUCUCCCAUGGAAGCUACCUGCUUAAAGAAGUCUGCAUAUCCACCCUCCUGGAAGCCGAUUGGAAUUCAACCAAAAUUUAUACCCCACUUAGAAUUGGCAUGAGCCAUAGCUGUGCAAAUCAGUCUCGAAGGAGGGCUGCUUGUAAGGACAAGCAAUCUAUGAACCACAGGUUAUCAUUACAAGAAUGGAUAUCUUUACAGUAGUGAAGAGUAUGUUGAAAGUUUAGUUUUACUUUAUUACCUUAGAGGUUGUUGAGUUGGCAUUAGAUGGAUUCAUUUGCUUUUCUUUUAUUUGUUUCUCUUUCUUCUAGAAAAAUAGGGAAGAAGAGAAACGUUUCUUGAAGUGAUCAUUUAUUUCCUUGUCUUUGUUAUGUCGAGAAAAAAUAAAUAUACAAUGUUACAGCAUAUUGAUGUGACUCUAGUAUUUGUGGUUGGGGACAGGAUCAGUUGGCUAUCGUCUCCCAGAAGACUGUAUUUUACUAGGAAUUUCUCAAAUGCUUCCUUUAGUUCCUCUGGUUUAUUCUGCAAACAAGUUCCAUUUAGUUCCA